UUAUUUUAAUUGUGGUACGAAUGUAUAUUUUUCUAUAUCUCUUUUCUUUUGUUAAUACGGUUGGUAAAAAGAUACAAAUGGAAUUAAAUGUUUAGAUUAUUCACAAAUAAAACAGAAAUGAGUCAUAACUAAAUGUUACAUUUUCAUAAAUUGAUAGAUAAACACAAAACAUAAAUUCUUAAACUGUGUGUAACUCCGUAGCUCCUUUAUUUUGGAUUUUGCCAGAUCUGCUUUUCAUGCACAGCCAUCCAACUUUUGUGAGUCUCCUCCCACAGCAACUCACCAGUGAAGCUCCUCCCACAGCAAUUCCCUGAUAAAUGCUGGAAUAUUCCCACCAGUCUACAAGUGAAGAAGACAGUUCAAGAAAGAACGGUGAGAACAUGAGUGAUCCAGAACCCUGCAGAAUGGAACAUGAAGAUUCUGAAGAACAAAGAGAAGAGAAUGAGGAGAGCGAAGAUCUGAGUGAAACGGAGCAGAAACAUCAGACUGAAAGCAAUUUCUUACAGAGAAGAACAGCAAAAAGGCAAAAAAAGCCCACUUGUCGUCUGUGUGGAAAUAGUUACAUAAACAAACUAAGUCUUAAACUUCACAUGAUAGUUCACACCGGAGAGAAGCCUUACACGUGUGAUCAAUGUGGAGGGACUUUCACUCAAAACAAUGCUUUAAAGGAUCACAUGAGAAUCCACACCGGAGAGAAGCCUUUUAAAUGUGGUCAGUGUGGGAAGAGUUUUGCCUACAAAAGAAUUUUAAAAGUUCACUUGAGAAUUCAUAGUGGAGUGAAGCCAUACACAUGUGAUCAAUGUGGAAAGAGUUUCACACAGAAAAGAAACCUCACUGAACACAUGAGGAUCCACACUGGAGUGAAGCCUUAUGUGUGUGAUCAGUGUUGGAAGAGUUUUGCAAAUCAAAACAAUUUUAAAUCACAUCUGACCACUCAUUCUGGAGUAAGACCAUAUAACUGUGAUCAGUGUGGAAAAAGCUUUUCUGGGGCAAAAUGCCUGAAGAACCACAUGACAGUUCAUACAAAGGAGAAACCUCACCUGUGUUCUUUGUGUGGAAAGAGUUUUUCGUGGCUAGCUGUUUUAAAAAGCCACCAGAAGAUUCACAGCGGUGUGAAGAAUCAUAUGUGCUCUGAUUGUGGGAAGACCUUUAUGAGAGAUGCUGAACUGAAACUGCACCAGAGAAUUCACACUGGAGAAAAACCUUACAAGUGUUCACACUGUGACAAGAGAUUUGCUCAGUUUGGAUCUUGGAAAAGACAUGAAAGGACCCACACUGGAGAGAAGCCGUAUUACUGCUUUUCAUGUGGGAAAAGUUUCACUCAAUCAUCUUCUCUUCUCCUUCACAUGAAAAUCCACACUGGAGAGAGGCCACACACAUGUGAUCAGUGUGGGAAGAGUUUCACACAGAAAUCCAGACUUAAUGAACACAUGAAAAUCCACACUGGAGAGAAAUCAUAUACAUGUGAUCAGUGUGGGAAGAGUUUCAGAAAGACAGACACCUUCAAAUUACACCUGCGUUAUCAUUCUGGAAAAAGACCCUAUACCUGUGAUCAAUGUGGUAAAGAUUUUUUUAGGACAGAUGCCCUGAAGAACCACCUGAAAGUUCAUACAAAGGAGAAGCCUCACAUUUGUUCUUUGUGUGGAAAGAGUUUUACUGAGCUGGCUGCUUUAAAAAAACACCAGAAAAGACACAGUGGUGUGAAGAAUCAUAUGUGUUUUGACUGUGGGAAUGUCUUUUUUGAUAGUGCUCAACUGAGACGGCACCAGAGAACUCACACCGGAGAAAAACCUUACAAGUGUUCACACUGUGACAAGAGUUUCAGUCAGUCAGAACAUCUGAAAACACACGAGAGGGUCCACACUGGAGAGAAGCCUUUCUCAUGUGAUCAGUGUGGGAAGAGCUUCGCACGAAAAGGACACCUUAAGGGUCACAUGAAAACACACACUGGAGAGAAGCCGUAUCGCUGCCCUCCGUGUGGGAAAAGUUUCACUUCGUCAUCAUCUUUACUCAAUCAAGAAACAAAUGUCUAAAAUCAGAUUAAGCAGUUCAUCUUCAGAUCCAGCACUUUUAAGUGCACUGCUUACACCAAUCUUAUAAUUCAACGUAGUUUAUAAUUAUUAAAUGCAAAUAAAGUGUUAUGAAUACAUUUUGAUAUUACAGCUUAUAAAUGCCUAAUACAUUAUAUAUCACUUAACUGACUGAGAUUGAAAGAGAUGGCUGUCUGUCUGUUUUACUCUUCAUAUCCAGUAUCAUAAAAAUCGCAAACUGGUUUUAAAGCAUUUCUAAGAUGUUAGGCUUUGUUGAGUAAGCAGUGAAAGUCUGGCCCAUGUAUGUGCAUUUUUAAUCAGCAGA